AUGAUGAAACAUCUUGAAUCUGCGGUUUACCAGAGUCCGAUUGGUGGUAUUGAGCUGCUUUUCGAUCAGGAGAAGCUGGUGUACCUUGACUUUGCCGAUAACAAAUCUCGACUGAACCAGCUGAUGACACGGCGCUUUCGUGAGUUUAGUAAGCAACCUCGAAGCAAACCCCAUUCGAUUCUUCGUUCUCUGGAUCGGUAUUUUUCCGGAGAUUCUGAAGACUUUAGGGAUGUUGUCUGUGACACCGGCGGUACUGAGUUUCAGCAGUCAGUCUGGAAGCAGCUCCGACGUAUCAAGCGCGGAGGUACACUUGACUACAGCACUCUGGCAACAAAAGCAGGCAAUGCCCGAGCGGUGCGCGCCGCUGCCAGUUCAAACGCGCGUAACCCGAUAUCUAUCGUCAUUCCCUGCCAUCGUGUUAUCGGCAAAGAUGGUUCUUUGCGCGGUUAUGCCGGUGGAACUGACAGAAAACGCUUUUUGCUUGAACUGGAAGGCGCAAUACCAUCUCUUGAUCAAGUUUAA